AUGUAAAAUAAAUUAUUAGAUAAAGUUUAAGAAGAGAAUGCUGCAAAUAAAAUGAAUAAAUUGUUCAAAGGAAACUAGAAUGAUUAUUAUGUUUCAAUGAAAGAGGAAGAUAGUCAUUAGAUAGAAAUGAACAAGAUAUAAAGAAAAAAGGUAUUUUUAUCAGGCAGUGAAGAUGAAGAGGAAAGAUUGCCAACACCAAUUAUAAAAUAAGAAGAAAAUAAAUGUAAAGUUAUUUAUUUAAUCUAAGAAAUUCAAGUAUAUCAAAAUACAGAGAAGAGGAGUAGUGAUAUUUUAGAUGAAGUACCUACAUAAGAAAAUAUUGAUGAUUUGAAUGGGAUAUCAUAAUUUGAGUUAUCACCAUUAAAUAUAUAAACAGGGAAAAAGAAAAGUAAAACAAAGAAAAAUAAAACAAUUAAGAAAAAAUUGAAACAUUAAGCAUUGCCAUUUAAUUGGAAUACUUAUAAAUUCUUAUUACACUAUCCUUUAUAACAUUUAAAAUUAACUAUAUUAGUGAAUGUAUUGAUAGUAUUAUCUGCUGUAGCACAAAUGUUAUUACCAUGGAUACUUGGUAGAUUAAUUGAUGCAAUCACUAAAAAUGUGGAAUAAGCUCAUAAUUCAGGCACAAAUAAUGAAACUAAUUAGGAUAUUCAAAAUAAUGUUAUUGAUGAAGAAUUACAUUCAAAAUUGUCAAAACAAUUUUUAUAUGUUUUGGCUGCUUAUACUAUAUUAUCUUUAAUAAGAGCAUUUGCCAAUUAAAUUUGGUAAGAAUAGAUAUAUAAUGAUAUGAGAGAAGAUGUUCUAAAGUCUUUUUUAUCCUUUGAUUUAACUUUCUUUCAUACUUACAGAAAUGGUGAGAUAAUAUCUAGGAUGACAAAUGAUUUGCAAUCAGCUAAAUCUGCUGUCAGUGGAAAUAUUAUUUUAUUAAUAAGAAAUUGUUGUUUGACUAUAUUCAAUAUCAUAAUAUUAUUUGCAUUGUCUUGGAAAGUAACUUUAGCAAUUUUAACACCUAUGCCAAUUUAUACUGUACUAGCAACACUUCAUACAAAAUUAGCAAAAAAGUUUGAAAAAUUAGGUUAAGAAUAUCAAGCUAAAUUAACAACUUUAGCAGAUGAAAUUGUAUCAGGUGUAGUAACAGUAAAGAGUUUCUGUACAGAAUAAUUUGAAAUUAAGAAAUUUCACAAAUAAUUAGAUUUAAAUAUUAAAUUAGCUUAAAAAAGAGGAGUAAAUAAUGGAUGUUAUUAAGCAUCUACUGCUUUAUUUACUUAAUUAGGAUCUUUGAUUGUUUUAUGGUAUGGUGGUAAAUUAGCAAUGAAUAAUUCAGCAGAAUUAUCAGCUGGGUAUGAUUAUAUUUAUAUAUUUUUAGUGACUUAACUACCAUUAUAUUAUAUUCAUUACAAUUAUCUUCAUCUAGUUCAGAUAUCAGUGAAUCUUUUGCUAAAAUAGUAAGUGCAACUGGAGCUUUUGAAGGAGUACUUGAUAUGCUUAAAUGGGAGUCUCUAGUUAAAGAAGCACCUGAUGCUAUAGAGCAUAUAACUCCAACUGGAGAAAUAUAAUUUAAAAAGGUUGUAUUUUCAUAUCCAAACUCUUAAGUUCAAGUUUUGAAAGGAAUUUCACUUAAAAUUACUAAAGGAGAAUAUGUUGCAUUUGUAGGACCUAGUGGUAGUGGUAAAUCAACAAUUAUGCAUUUAUUGGAAAGAUUCUAUGAUCCAUAAUCAGGUUCAAUUUAUUUUGAUGAUAUGAAUAUUAAAUAAUUUAAGCUCAAAGCAUUAAGAAAAGCAAUAGGAUUAGUUUCACAAGAUCCUGUUUUAUUUGAAGGAACAAUAGAAACUAAUAUUAUAUAUGGAACUGAAAAUUAUACAAAAGAUGAUUUUGAAUGGGCAACUAAAGCAGCAGGAGUUUGGUAAUUUGUUUCUGAUAAAUUUAAAUUUCCUCAUGGAUUUGAUACUUUUGUAGGAGAACAUGGUUAUACAUUAAGUGGAGGAUAGAAAUAAAGAAUUGUAAUUGCUAGAGCAUUAUUAAAAAGACCAAAAAUAUUAAUAUUUGAUGAAGCAACAUCAGCUUUAGAUGCUGAAAGUGAAUUUCAAGUUUAAUCUGCUAUUGAUGAAUUAAUUUAAAAGGGAAGCAAAAAUAUUACUGUUUUAGUUAUUGCUCAUAGAUUGAGUACAAUUGUAAAUUGUAAUAGAAUUAUUGUAUUACAAAAUGGUGUUGUGGCAGAAUAAGGUACACAUUAAGAAUUGCUUAAUAAUCCUGAUGGAAUAUAUAGACAAUUAGUAGAAAGAUAAAUAUCAGGAAGGAUUGAUUCUAAAGAUAAUGAUGGAGAUUCUGAAGCUUAAUGA